CCAGUAGUUGGCAAUGCAAAUUUCAAAAAUAAAAAUAAAAUAUAAAAAAACAAACAUAUUAAAAAGACAACAAAAUACAGGCGGGUGUGAUUUAAUUACACAAUCCAAUACAUAUAUAUUAACCAAAUUACUAGGUAUAAUGUCGGUUAAGUUUUAUGUGGUGCCAUCGCUAAGUUUAUACGGUCAAUUGCAAUCGGGGAGCGUGGCACGGAUAAGAUAAUUCCGAGUCAGCGAUAAUUUCCUGAUAAACAAUAGCAACAAAGAGAGACUGACUUAAUUCGUUUUCCAGCGCAUUUAUUAUUAAGAACAGAAGCUAGUCAAAUUUCGAGUGAGUGUCAAGCAUGUGUGUCAUAUUCUUCUACGCUAAUUCAGAGCCAACUGUCAAUGGCUAUAAACUUAUCUUGGCCUCCAAUCGUGAUGAGUUCUUUGCCCGCGAUACACAAACAGCAGGCGAAUGGUCAAAUGGGGGUCACGUCUAUGGUGGAAUUGAUCUGGAGCCAGGGCGUGAGGGUGGCACUUGGUUGGCUAUUGGCAACGGGAAGGGCAUCUUCAAAGUGGGGGCACUGCUCAAUCUAACUGGCGAGCCAAAGCCGCGCAAUGCAGUCGCGCACAAAAACAUUUUGCAACCGCAUAAUAAUACCAAGAACAGCUGCCAAGAGCACAAAGAACGCCAAACAAAUAACGAACAUUUCUUAUUAGGACGCGGCAUGAUCGUGGCUAGCUAUGUGAGUCAAACGGAUAUUGAACACAAUAUUAUUAAUUAUAAUCAGCGUUUGCUGGCCGACUGCACCAAAUACAGUGCAUUCAAUUUUGUGUCCAUUGAGAUUGGCUCAGAUGCGCAGCCGGCUCAAAUCAAACUGCUGAGCAACGUGCCGCCCACGUUGUUGCCGUUCGAGCAGGGUCAAUGCUAUGGAUUUGGCAACAGCUUGCCGGACAGUCCAUUUGAAAAGGUUCAGUACGGCCGCAAGCAUUUCGAACAAAUUGUUCGUGAAUUCGGCGAAUCGGACGUUGAUACACUCAGCGCCGAGCUGCUCCAGCUGUUGAAGAACAAACACAAAUUCUGGCCAGAUGCAGAGCUGGAGCGACGCGCACCCAGCUGGGGUGAAGGGCUGAGCGCAUUAAAUGUGCACAUCUCCGAGCACGGCUAUGGCAGUCGCACCCAUUCGCUCAUCCUGGUCGAUGCGAACAACAAGCUGCAUUUCAUCGAGGAAACCAUGCGUGGCCUAGACCCCAGCGCCGAAUGGGAGCGCACACAUAUCGAAAAACAAUUCAAAAGCGCUUAAGAAAAUCAUUUUCUCUUACUUAAGACAUUCGAACGUGAAGAUGUAGUCUAUUAUAUAUUUAUAGAAAGCAACUCCAGAAACAAUAACCUCAUACGAAACUAAACUAACAUGCAAAAUAGCGAACAAAACACAUUGACUCAAGCCAAAAAUAAAAACAACUCAAUAAUGUUUAAAUAAAAGUUUGACACGAAUUUUCACUAAAGUCAGCAGCACAAAAAAUGGUUUAUGAAAAUAUAAAGAUUAAGACUGUAUCCAAUAUUAGUAAAUUAGAUCUCUAAGGCUCACUCACGACUCUAAUUUACAAUUAAAUAUAAUCAUGUUCACUUGUAUAUGUUUAUCAAAUAUUACUAUAAAAACAUGCCUAAACUACGUGUAACUAAUAAUUAAGUUAUAUCUUUAUAAUUGCGGCUGUAAUUCGCUUCAAAGAUAAAAAACCCUACAGACAGACAGAAGUGUGCUAUUAGGUGACUUGCCACUAAGUUUUAUAUAAAAAUAAUUUGAUUUAUCUGUCACCUGAUGAUCUGCUGCGUCACACGAUCAUAUGCUGCUAACAAGUAAAACAAUGGCUAUGCUAGGACUCGAACUCGAAUCUCCCCAGUUCAAUAUCCAAAUCACCUUAAGCAACUAAUUUAAAUAUAUU